AUGUCGACGGACCGCAAGGCAGGCCCGCUCAAACAGCUUCAGGGGCUCAUCUGGAAGCAGGGCUACGACAACGGGGACAUUAAGGGACACGUGUACGACGACGUAGCUGCCGCCCUCGACCAAUGGCGCUCCACCGACGGCCACAAAGUGUACAUCUACUCCUCCGGCUCAGUGCAGGCGCAGAAACUCCUCUUCGGCCAGUCCCUCGCCGGGGACCUGCUGCCACGCAUUGAUGGCCACUUUGACACCGCUGUGGGACAUAAGCAGGAGGCUGCUAGUUAUACCGCUAUUGCAGAGAAGAUUGGAGCCAAGCCGGAGGAGAUCUUGUUCCUUACUGACAUUAUUGAAGAGGCUCAGGCCGCGCUCGGCGCCGGGCUGCGGGCGGCGCUGGUGUCCCGGGCCGGCAAUGCGGCCCUGCCCGCCUCGCACACGUUCCCCGUGCUGCACUCGCUGGCGCAGCUCUCGAGCAACAAGCGCAAGCCCCUGCAGGUUCCGUCCGCCUCAGAGGUGGAGGAGGAGGAGAUGCCUGCCAAAGUACCCAAGACUGACGCAGAGAAAGACGUGAAGGAGACCGCCGAGGCGGCCAGCGCCGCCGCCGCUCCAGACACUGAACAGAAGAUGGAGGUCGAGGCGCCCGCAGCCGACGCGGCCGCCGCGGACGAGCCCGUCUCCGUGCUCACCACCAUCGAGGAGAUCACCGACUCCAACGAGGCCGGCGACGCGCCCAUGCUCGACCUCGAACCCGUGGUGGAGGAGGACACCAAGACUGAAGAGAAACGGACUGAUAGCGAGGCCAAACCUGAAAAUGGCGAAUCUGAUGCGAAACCAAAGGAAGAUGUGGAGAUGAAGAACGGGGAGGCCGCUCCCGUCGCCGAGGAGACCCCUCCCGCCUCCACGCCGGUCAUCGAGGAGGUCACCCUCGAGAAGGAGGCGCUCGCUGACGUAGUCGAUGACCCCGUGCCCGUCGUCGAGGAGCCCCCGGCGGCCGAGGACAUGGAGGUCCUUCAAAAUGUCGGGGAGGUGCUCGACAAGGAGUGCGACGAGAUUCUCUCCAAAGUUCAGGACGUCACAAACUUAGAUAGUAUCCCCGUUAAACCCCUCCUGAACCCCAUCGCCGAGGAGACCAUGGAGACUGAAAAUACGGACACGAACGAUAUUGUCGAUAGAAUACUAGAUACCGAGUUGGAGCUAGAAAUGAAACAAAACGAGAUUUUGAAUUCGCCGGCCGGCGAGGAUAGUGAGACUAAACAGAAAAAUGGCGUUAGCGACGAGGCUGAUGUCAAACAGGCUAAUGGAGCAGAGGAUAAACUGGCCGACAAAAUUGUAGAAUCGGACAAGAAGGAGGAGAGUAGUUCUGUGGAAGUCGCGACAGAAGUAAAACCAGACGUGAGAUGUGCAGAAACACAGGUAGAACAUAAAGAGAUUGUGGAAACCGAAUCCGCAACAGAAAGCAAAGAGGCAGAGAAUGUAAAGGUGACCGAAAAAGAGGAAACGCCUGAGAAACCAGUUGAAGAAAGCAAAGAGGAAAACAAAACAGAGUCUGAAACUAUCGAAGAGAGUAAGCCCGUAGAGGAAAAACCGGUAGAAAGCUCACCCGCCGAACCCCAGCCCGCCGACAGUACGCCCGCCGAACAAAAGGAAAAAGAAACGAGCAAAACGGACGAAACGAGCAAACCGGAAGAAUCUAGUGAACCGCAAAUGAACGGCAAAGCGACGAACGGAGACGCGCCUAAAAUGAACGGAGACUCCGAAGACGCCAGCUCUAGACUGCCAGUCGUGAACGGGAAAGCGACAGAGAACGGAGAGAAUGGGGCUAACGGGGACUCCAUGGAGGCCUCGCAGCAGGGGCAGGGCGACAGCGCGGCGGAGGAGGCCACCGCCGCCGCCGACAUCAAGCUCAAGGCCGCGCCGCCCGUCGAGCCCGCACAGACCAUCGAACAGCCCACGGAAGCAUAA